AUGCGCAAAACAAGUAGUUUGUACUUUAAAUUAUCGGAUUUAUUGUUGAGUAACAAGACUGGAUUUGGACCUUAUCGUCUACAUCGAAAAGGACUUCAUUUUGUUGGAACCGAGCCAUCUGUCUUAAAAUACCAUCAUGUAAGUUUAAUUCUUUUAUUAUUUGCGCUAUUUAGGUAUCUUCUGUUUCAAAAUUACCUUUUUCGAGCACCUUUUUCUUUUUUUAAUUUCACAAGAAAAGCUUUGCCAUAUGUAAACCAAUCGGGUAGUUUAAUGUCGAAUUUAUUUUCAGAUUCAUGACAAAAAGCCAAACGAGCCCUAUGGUCUACAAGGAAAUAACCACCUUCAAACACAGAAGGGAAAAGUAGCCGAUAAAUUGCCAACUCGAGCCUUGCUCAAGAAGGACAAGGUCUACGCGUGGUGUUCCUGUGGCUACAGUGGGAAUCAGCCUCUGUGUGAUGGAUCUCAUAAUUCAGUAAAGCUACCCGACAUGAAAAUGAAGCCAGUACGGUUUAUACCUGACAAAGACAUGGAGGUUUGGUUUUGUAAUUGUAAACAGACCAAGAAUCGACCGUUCUGUGAUGGAUCUCAUAAACAUCUAAAGGAUAAGAACGCUACGGACGAUUUGUUUGAUUAA